AUGCGCAACCGGCAGUUGGGACGACUCUGGGAACGCGAACGCGCCACCGCGGUGGACUGGAUGGUUGAGGUGCAGGUGCUUUACGGUCUGAGGACCGAGACACUGUUCUUAGCGGUGAGUUUGUUGGACAGUUUCUUAAAGCUGAACGAGGUGAAUCAGGUGCAGCUGCAGCUGGCAGUGGUCUGCAGCCUUUUUGUGGCGGCAAAGUUUGAGGAAAUCGAACCGCCCAAUGUGAAAGACUUUGUGAACAUGACGAACGAGGUUUGCAACAAGCAGGACAUUCUCGCCAUGGAGGCCACGUUGUUAACCUCGCUGGAGUUCAGCUUGUGUCGCCCCACGGCCGUCCACUUCUUGGAGAGGGGAAGCAGGUCGCCACAGAGGCUCUUCAGCCGUAAGAUGCUGCAAAAGCACGGCUUUCUGACGCAGUAUCUCCUAGAACUGGCGCUGGUGGACAGCCAAAUGCUGAGGUUCCCCCCAUCAUUGCAAGUGGCUGCCGCGACCAUGGUGAGUUCCAGGCUCCUUGGAUCUUUGGUGCGAGUUCCGAGGCACGACAUCUCUGGGGAGCGGAGCGCCAUGAUCUAUCGCUGCGCGUUGGAGAUGUGCCGUUUACUGGAGGAAGUGGAGUUGAGUAGCCAUCAGGCGGUUCGCAAGAAGUUUCUAAGGCCGAGUGAGCUGUGA